AUGCUAGCUUUGUGUUGGCUGUCACUGUUGCAGUGUUCGCCAAUGACGAUGCAAACAGUCUUUUGGCAGCAAAUGACCACUGACCUAAAUGUCACGUUCUCUCAGCUGAAUGCCGGCCUGUCCUUCAAUGUGGCUGGCCUCGCUGUUGGCAGUCUACUGUUUAUCCCACUGACGAAAAAGUACGGUCGCCGACUGACGUACGUGAUAUCCACUGGAGUGCUGGCUGGUGUCUCAUGGUGGAGUGCUCGAAUGAGUACCCUUUCUGAGAUGUACCUCACCAAUCUGCUAUUUGGCCUGGCUGGUUCAACGAAUGAGGCAAUAUCGGAGAUGACUGUACGCUGGCCCCAAGAGACAGAUGCAGCCUUUCAUGCAUCAUCAUCGCAGUACUAA